AUGAAUAUGGGGUUCAAAGGGCUGUAUACUAUUAUUUGGUUGCUGCAGCUGGCUGCUUUAGCGAUUAUUGUAAUGGCUUGCAUAACGACACCUGUUACCCGUUUGGCUUUGGCGACAAGCGGUGAUACAAGUUAUGGUAUAUUUGGGUCUUGUACGUCUUUGUUGUGUUAUGGUGUAAAUGAAACAAUUGAGCAGCAGAGAGUUGAUGGCAUGGAUUGGUUGUUCGCUGAUCAUGUCCGGGAAACGUUAUAUCAUAGCUUGUUGGUGACGCCAAUAGCGGCGGGGUUCACACUGUUUGCACUUGUGUUGAAUUUUAUAUCACAGUUUGGAAAUGCCAGUGCACAUAAGCCUGUUUUUCUUGGUAACUUCUUCUUCACGAUUUUCGCGUGUAUUUUAACUAUAGGCGCAUGUAUAUUGGUCAUAUUGAGUUUUUGGCCAAGGUUAACCUGGUGUGGGUUUUUGAUGAUAGGAGCAGCAGCGUUGACCUCCUUAUGUGUACCAAUGACUAUUGGGGCAUACUUACUGAAUAUACGAGAUAACAACGACGGAGAUACUAGUAGCGAUUAUGGGAGAAAGGGAUUCCUAAAGCAAGAAGAGCUGACGAGAAGCUUUACCAUUAGCAACCCUCCAAGAGAUUCCGCCGGAGGGACGACUGAUUAUUAUAAAAUGAAGGAUGACUUGUCGGCUGAAAGCACCCAGACAGGGUUCUCUGAGGUUUACGCUAAUACACAGGUUCCACAGUCGUAUCUAAUCUCGAAUCAUGCAGCAUCACUGAGUAGCGCUUAUAAGAAUCCUUCGGGAGGAGAUGCAAAUGCUACUGCACCAUACCCAUCUACAUCCUCUGGUUUAGCCUCCACGCCUCGAAAGGAGGGAUCAAGAGUUGGCAUGCCAUACCCUACCGGAGGAGCGGAUUUGGGUACUAUAAAUGACCACCAGCAGCAACAGCAGCAACUUCAGGGAUCGACUGCGGCUGCAAGUAAUAAUCAAAAUUACUAUGGCUCUUCUUCCAACAGUUUGAAUCAUAAUCAUUCAACCUUUUCGUCUACCAAUCCAGGUCAAAAGAGUCCAUACGGAAUGAAGUCUGGAAGUAAUCAACACUAUACGGCCUUCCCUGGAGCGCCUACAUACGGUCCUCUAGGUUAUGAGCGCAAACACUACAACACUCUCAGCCAGUCAUCUUCGAGUUAUGAUUUUUCUCCACCGCUUAUGGGUAAGUUAAAUUCAGAAGGGUACAACAAGGAGAGCGCUCUAAGUUACACAAACACCCCUAUUGCAGUACUCGGUAUUCCAAAUAGUGGAGUUUCGAAAGAUCAUCAGGCACACCUCUCUACGGAAAGACGUGGAGUGCUGCCUCCUUCUCAGGAGUAUGACGACGAAGAGUUUGUUAGACAGAAUACAAUUGAUCCUUCUUCAAGGCCGCCAUUGGAUGGUGACGAUGGUAUUGAAGAUGAUCGUUCGGAUUUCACAUCCGUCUCGCAAAGGGCUGCAAAUAGAGGAUACGGUGGUAGUCAUCUCUCAAUGUUGCCGGGUUCUAGUGCAAUCUAUGAUCCACGUUUCAACCAAAGUGCGAAUUUCCAACAAAGUUUAACAGCUCCUCAUAGUGCACAGUAUCUCGGACCAUAUACACCUCAACAGCAGUCUGGGUCGGCAUUGUACGGCACAGCCUUGGGAGCGCCUCGGUUGGCUGAUGCAUCCGAUAUGUUGUUACAGAAUAAUCCGGAUUUCAUGAUCAGUGCGCGACCAGCUUCAACUAAUACUCCAAAGUUUGGUAACCGUACGUCAAUGUCUCCAGGCCCGGCUUUGUCGCUACAGGGCUCGCACUACAAGCCUGCCUACAAGAAAAGGUUACAAAAGACAUCAGCAGUAACCGCGGCAUCAUUAAGCAGGGAUAGUCCUUAUGGUAACAGGUAA